UAAAUUGCUCCUCCAGCUCCUCCUCUCCUCAUCCUCCAAAGCCUCUCUCCACUCUCCAAGUCACAAGGCCAUUCUCAGCACACACUGACAACAUGCUGUGGACUCUGCUCUCUCUCAUCACUGCUCUAACAUGUGUGAGUGCUGUGACGCUGGUGACACAGAAGACUCCUGUUGUGACUGUGAGGAGAGGAGAGACCGCCACCAUGGACUGUAACCUGGGGACCGUGACUAAUCCUGCUCGCUGGUACAAACAGAUUCUUGGAGGAGUUCCUCAGUUUAUACUGUAUAACUAUCACAGCCGGAGCUCUCCAGUGUAUGGCUCUGGUUUCUCCUCUCCAAAGUUCACAUCCACUCAUCAGUCACAAUCAGAUUAUCGAUUGAUCAUCAGCACUGUGGAGGAGGGAGACUCAGCAGUUUAUUACUGUAAAACAUGGGAUGACUCUGCUAAGCAGUACGUAUUCGGACAAGGAACCAAGCUGAUUGUGACAAGCUCCAGCCUCCCUCCUCCUGUCCUCACAGUCUUCCCUCCGUCCAGCGCUGAGCUCCAGUCCAACAAAGCCUCUCUGGUGUGUCUGUCCUCUCAGUCCGUCCCAUUUGCAGAUGUGGUCUGGUUGUCUGCUGGGAGUCCAGUGAGCGCUGGGAUCUCUACCAGCACGGCUGUUCAGCAACCAGACCAGACUUUCCACAUCAGCAGCUCUCUGUCCAUCCAGACGUCAGACUGGAGCAUGGACAGGGUUUACACGUGUCGAGUGUCUGUGGGCUCCCAGAGCUCAGAGAAAACCAUCAACAAGUCUCAGUGUCUCACUGAAGAAUAGUAGAGGAGCAGAGGGAGCGUUUCUAAUCUGCUUCUUUACUCUUUGUGCUGUUUGCUCAUUACAAGGUUCACAUGCUGCUAAAGAUGAGUCUGCAUGCUUGGAAUAAAUGUUGUGACAGUUAGGUGGAGGUGUUGGAUCGGCUUUGCAAAUGCUGCUUUUCUCAAGAAAUACUCAAUAAAAAAUAUAAAACCCUC